AUGACAGUUCCACAGAUUAAAAAAGGACUCAACAAUUUUUAGGUUAUGUUUUUCUAAAUUAUAUUGUGAAUUUAACAACAAAAUAAUUGGGUAAAUCAAUUAAAUGGCUUGCAUACUGCGUCGUAUGGCCAUCAGGCCGCAGAUACUGGCGAGAUGCUACAACAAGAUCGUAUUAACAGACGACGGCUCAACAAUAGUUGCUUUGCAUCGCGACAAGGAGUUUCCAUACGAGUUUUCCAGGCCUUUGCCUGAGGAAGUUAAGGAUACCAGCAGCGUUUUGAAGAUGACUGAUAUCAAUGAGGUGAAGCGAGUGUUCAAGAAGAUGAGCCCGGAGAUGGCGCGGCAGGAGCUGUGCAGCCUCACGCUCACCACCAAGCACCGCUGGUUCCCGCGCGCGAGGGACAAGAAGGCCAAAAAGACUGAGAUGAACCGCCCGUAUUUGUAGAUUAUUGUUGUUAUAUUAGAUAGUUUGUAAUAAAUAGUGUAUGUUAUGUAA